AUGGGCAGAAUCGUGUCCACCGCUUGGCUGUGUUGGCUGAGCGUGUGGCUGAUUUGCCAACGUCUCGUCAGUGGAGACACGUGCUCAAAUGGUGCCCGCAACCAGGCCGAGGGAGCAUCGAUGCUGUCCGCCAAGACGACGAAGGGUCGCAUGGUGGGAGCCCUCUCUGACAUCAAUGAGUCCCUCACGGAUCUGCUUACCGACAGCUUGGUGCGGGAUGUCAAUGACACCGCUCAGUUUCCUGAUGCAGAAGCAAACAGCUCGAACAGCUCGGAGCAUCACCACGGAUUGGGAUCUCUGUCGCAGCCCUUUACUUUCCUCUAUGCCAAGGCAAGGGCAUGGGCAGACUGA